AUGCCUUCGGCAAUGUCUCAGUCGCCUCCACGGCUUUGCAAAUGGGAACGGCCACCGAAGACGAGUUUUGAUCUACCUUGGGCGGACAUCAAAGUGAUUGACAUAUCGACUUUCGAUGAGCCCGGCGGGAAAGAGAAGCUAGCUGAGCAGCUUGGAGAUGCGGUCCAUAAGACAGGCUUCUUCAGCAUCACAGGGACCGGUCUUUCAGACCAAGAAGUGCAGCGACAGUAUGACAUUGGCCAGGCGUUCUUUGAUUUACCUGUUGAUAAGAAGAACCUGCCGGAAUACCGCUGCGACUUUGCUAAUGGCAACUUCUUCGGGUACCGAGCUGCCCACGAGAAGAAGAUAAUGUCUACGAAUAUAACAAACAUCGAGGAGUCUUUCAAUGUUCCCAAGAUCAUCCCACAGUACGAGAACGAAGUCCGGCAUCCGUUCUUCGAACCCUAUCGUCCUGAGAUUGAAGACUUUUCCAGAAAAGCACUAAACAUAGCCAGCAAAAUCUUCACGCUCUUCUCUCUCAUCCUCGAACUCCCGCCCGAUUACUUCUCAUCACGCCACGCGUACGACUCACCCUCCGAAGACCAUCUGCGCUACAUGACGUACCACCCGCGCUCCGUUGCCGACGACGCAAAGGUGCAAAAUACCUGGUCCCGCGCGCACACGGACUUCGGCUCGCUCACGUUGCUGUGGAACCAAAACAUCGCGGGUCUGCAGAUCAAAACUUCAGCCGGUGAGUGGAAGUACGUCCCGCCCGUGCCCGGCGACGGCGGCGGCACCGGGAUAAUAUGUAACGUUGGCGACACACUGUCGUUCUGGUCGGCCGGGUACUUGAAGAGCACGACGCACCGGGUGGUGCGGCCGCCGGAGGAUCAGACACACGUGGAUCGACUGGGAUUGUUCUAUUUCGUCCGCCCGGGCGAUGAUGUAGACAUCAAGCCCGUCGCUAGUCCGCUGUUGAAGAGACUGGGGCUUGUGGGCGAGCGACAGGAGGAGGACAAAGAAAAAGUGACGGGGUUACAGUACGUCAGGGAACGGGUGAAGAGUUAUCAUAAUCACUCGGAUUAUGCGGACAUGAAGGGGAAGACCUUUAGAGUUGGGGACUUGGAGAUUGAGGAUGAAGCUGAUUGA